AUGAAUAUCGAAGAUCAUGUCAGAAACUUUGAAACACAUGAACUACCAACAAUGUUAGAUAAGAAAGCAGAUAAGAACCAUACACAUGAUUUCUUCACAACUGUUGGUAUAGAAAGUAUUGAAGGAACGGUUGAAGGAACUGGUGGGGAUGCAUUAUAUUGGAAACCUCCUAACUUUCCACAAGGUUUAACAUCGGAUGACGACAUAACGACGAUGAAAUACAUUAGAUGUAGAAAUGUUUAUGUCAUGGAGGAUGAAAAUAAUGUUAAAUUCACUGCUCAAGAUUUAUAUGAUAAGAAAGCUGACAAAACUUAUGUGGAUGCAGAACUAACAAAGAAAUUUUCGAAACCAGAUACAAUGACAUUUACAACAGAAAUUAUAAAUGGUGAACCAGCAACUCCAUUUGAAUUUGUUAGAGGUCUUCAACCAGAUACUUUUGAAUUUUUCUUGGAUAAUUCUAUUGAACUAACAUUACAUUAUAAAAGUGGAACAAAUGCAACAUUUCAUCCGGGAGAUACAUUCCAAAUGGUAUUUAAUGACAUAAGUUCUUUAGAAUAUGUUUAUAGAGUUAUGAGCAUAUAUGAUUUAAUAUAUCCUAUAGGAGCUGUUUAUACGUCUAUGAAUCCAAUAAAUCCAAACACUUUAUUUGGUGGUAGAUGGUAUGAAAUAGUUGACAGUUUUCCAUUCUACACUAAUACGCAGUCAAUGAAGAUGGGAGGUUCAAAGAAAAUAGGUAUUGAAAACCUUCCUUCACAUAUGCAUAGGUUCAGUGGAAGAACAUCUGUGGAAGGAAACCAUUCACAUUCAAUAACAAAAAGAGGUUAUACAAAUCUUGCAGCGG